AUGUCCAAAAUGUGGGAAGUCGACCCCGAGACAAGGGCUAAGCUCCUUCAAAUCUCCAAGACGAAUGGGAACGACCGCUGUUGUGACUGCGGAGCACCGUCACCGCAAUGGGCGUCGCCGAAAUUCGGUAUAUUCAUCUGCCUGAACUGUGCUGGCACUCAUCGCGGCCUCGGUGUACACAUUUCGUUCGUUCGAUCCAUCACCAUGGACGCCUUUAAGAACGCCGAAAUCCAGCGUAUGGAUAAAGGCGGAAACGAUACGUGGAAGAAAUUCUAUGACGAGCACGCCAUCGUUGUCUCAGAGGGUCGCACAUUCGAGGACUCGACGAUCAAGGAACGAUAUGAUAGUGAGGUGGGCGAAGAGUACAAGGAUCGACUGGCAGCCAAUGCCGAGGGCAAGGAAUAUGUCCCCGGAGAGAGAAAGAAGAAACAACCGUCACCUGCUUCAAUCCCAGAGAAUAUUUCGAGGUCAGGCACCCCGCUACAAGGUGGACGCGCUUCACCAGCAUCUUUCGGCAGCGCGCCCACGCAGAAAGAACGCAACGAGGCGUAUUUUGCAAAGAUGGGGAAUGACAAUGCGACCCGGCCCGAUGGCCUAGCUCCUUCGCAGGGUGGGAAAUAUAGUGGCUUCGGUGGCGGACUUCCGGUAUCCAGUACUCCGCGUCAAGAAGGACCAGUGCCUGGGUUUGAGGAUUUCCAAAAGGAUCCCGUGGCAGCAUUUUCCAAGGGUUUCGGGUGGUUUACUUCGGCCGUUGGAAAGAGUGCCAAAACUGUGAAUGACGCUUAUAUACAGCCUACAGCCAAGUCGCUCGCCGAGUCAGAAUUUGCAGCCCAAGCCCGACUUCAGGCCGCACAACUUGGCCAGAACUUGCAAACAGGCGCAAAGGGUGCGGCUGAUCAAUUCAACCGCUUUGUCGAGGGCCCCGACGCACCUGGUACACAGCGACGUUAUCAGCCCGAGCGCCAGGAUUUCUGGGACGACCUUUCAUCGCUUGGAGAGCAGAAGACCAACCAACAAAAGAGGCAGUCUGGGUCUAUCGGAACGACGGCCCUGAGGCACACGCCAUCUUCUUCGACCACGUCAGCUUCAAGGCUUAAUCCGGCUACGGGCGUUGCAUCUACGAUACCUAAUGCGCCGAGCAAAGAGAAAGACGACUGGGGAGAGGAGUGGUAG